AUGGAUCUUCUGGGCGACAUUGUCGAGCACGACACGUCCACAGAGCCCCAGGCGCCUGUUCCAGCAAUUUCUGGGUCCGCCACAGGGUUCCCUGUCGCGGCCAAGAGAAAGCCUGUGCGGCAGCGGAAAACGACAGAGCGUUCAUCUAAUGGACUCUCUGAAAAAGAGCAGAUCCACCUCGAAAACAUCGAGCGACUAAGCAAGAUGUCUGGAGAGGAGCGCGAGCAGGCAAAGGAGGAGCUGAUCAACACGCUAGACCCGAAAAUUUUGCAAAUGCUGUUGAAAAGAGCAGAGCCAGACAAGAACGAGCCGCGUAGUGCUGAGGCAGAUAGCGACAGCGACUCGGCAGCGAGCCCAGGGCUGAAACCCGCGCUGCGCAGGGACAGUGUCUCGUCGGCAGACAAAAAAGUGCGAUUCAACAACGAGGCGUCCGUCAAGUACGUCAAACCCUCGUCGCCGCUGGCAAUGCCGAAAUCGAGCAAAGAGGACGAGGAAUGGGAGGAUAUCGAGUAUCUGGACGACUCCGGGCCGAGCUUCGAGGAGGCCCAGCGGCUGAAACAGGCGUCGGUGCAUUUCCCCAGACCGAGCGGCGAGAAUCUCGAGAAACUCGACAUAAACGACCCGGACUUCAACGACAAGUUGCACGAGAAGUUCUUCCCGGACCUGCCCAAGGACCCCAAGACGUUGGAGUGGAUGAAACCGGCGCCGGAGACGCCGAAACAGGUGACGUACAACGCGGUUGCGGAGCUGCGGUUUGACUUGAAUGGGGAUCUAAUCACGUCGGAGAACAUAGAGAAACACGCCCAGGCUCCGGAGUUGCGCCAUCACGCAGCAAGCCCAGAGUUGCCCGGGUACACGCUUGCGGAGCUGGCACACUACCUGCGGUCGGCGUUCCCCGGGCAACGGUGCAUUGCGCUGCGCACGCUGGGCCGCGUGCUGUACAAGCUCGGACAGGCCGAGUACGAGGUGGUGGACGAGGAUAACCAGACUCAGGACUUGGCGGAGUUUGAGCGGCGGUGCUGGGGGCUCGUGAUCGACCUCAAGAUCGUCGAUGUCAUCAGCGAGUAUGCGUCGGACCGCCAGCGGAAUUUGAGCGUCAAGAACUACGCGAUCGAGGCGCUGUAUCUGUGGAAGCAGGGCGGCGGCGACGGCAAGAUGCAGGCUGUGCUGGACGAGCGAGAGGCGGCUAAUCGUCGAGCUGGCUGA